GCACUGAUGGUUGGCACUGAUGGGCACAGGUGGAUGGCACUGAUGGGCAGAGGUGGGUGGCACUGAUGGGCACAGGUGGGGUGGCACUGAUGGGCACAGGUAGUGGCACUGCUGGGCACUGGUGGGUGGCACCACUGGGCACUGAUGGACGGCACUGCUGGGCACUGGUGGACGGCACUGCUGGGCACAGGUGGGUGGCACUGCUGGAGACCGAUCAUCAGGGCACUGAUCCUCAGUGCCCUGAUGAUGGGUGCCGAUCCCUGCUCUGACAACUGCCGGUUCUCUGCAGUACUUUCCCCACGUUCUGACAGCGUGAGGAAAGUGCAGCCGAGAACCGGCAAUUGCAU